AUGGAUGUGAAUGAUGAGAAUAUGGUUCCAUUAGACGACCUUACAGACAUUACCGAUGAUGGAAAAGUAGUAUGGGAUGACUCUCAUAUUGAAAAUUUCAUUAUCCUUAUAGAGGAAAAAGUGAGGCUAGGUAAUCAUACUUCUGGAACUUUUAACACUAUUGGUUGGAAGAAUUUAGUAGAAGGCAUGAGGCUUCAAACAGGGAAGAACUUUACAAAGAACCAACUUAGGAAUAAAUUCAACCAGUUGAGGGCAGACUACAAAGACUUGGCAAAAUUGUUAUCAAAAAUAGGUGUUGGAUACAAUGCUAAGACAUGCAUGGUUAUACUUGAACCUGAAAGAUGGGAUAGGUUGAUAAAGGUUAGUAGUGAAAGUUAA